UGGUUUUACAUCUUGUCCAUUUUAUGAUACACUUGGUGUUGAGAGUAUAACCUAUUCAAUGAAUGUAACUUAAGUGAGGUAAAAAUAAUAAAUUAAAUUAAAGUGUGUGUUUUGUAUAGGCUAGUACAAUAGGAUUUUUAGCUAAAUCUAAUCAACCCUAUUUAAAAACUGUAGUAACAAUAGGACCAAUAGAUCCAAAUAUUAUAAAUACAUUAGUAGAAUAAAAGAAAGAAGUUAUAAGUUGGGAUGACUUUAUAAAAAGAGCAAAUGGAAUUUCAAAACCUUAUCCAGAAUUGGAAGCAUAACAUCCGUUAACUUUAGUUUUUACUAGUGGAACAACAGGAGAACCAAAGGCAGCUAUUUAGAGUCAUCUUAAUUUCACUUCUACAAUUGCACUUUUUGAACAUUAAGAUCAUUUUGCUUUUACUUAAGAUGAUGUUUAUUUAUCUUAUUUACCAUUACCACAUACUUUUGAGAGAAUUGUUCAUUUAGCUGCAUUAUCAGGAGGAUCAGAAAUAAAUUAUUAUAGUGGAAAUAUAUAAAAUAUAGCUAGAGAUAUUCAAAGAUGUAAACCUACUUAUUUUUGUGGGGUACCUAGAAUAUUUAAUAGAUUUUAUGAAGGAAUUUAAACUUAAAUAAAUUCUUUACCACCUGAAAUCUAAUAGAAAUUUGAAUAUGCUCUUGCUACUAAAAUUAAUUAUUAUAGAGCUACAGGAAAAACAACACAUGAUUAAUUAGAUGAAGCAUUUAUUAAGACAAAAGCUAUUCUAGGUGGUAGAUAAAGAAUUAUAAUUACUGGAGCUGCUCCUAUCUCUCCUAAAAUUUUAGAAUAUUUAAAAGUUACAUUCUGUUGUUAAAUUAUUGAAGGUUAUGGUUAAACAGAAACUUCUGCUGCUUCAUUCCUAACAGAUUAUAAUGAUCCUCUUUGUGGUCAUAUUGGUGGACCAACGAUUUCAUAAGAGUUUAAAUUAAUUAGUGUACCAGAAAUGGAUUAUUUAGUUGAUUAAAUUAUUGAUGGUUAAAAAAAAAUUAGAGGAGAAGUCUGUUUAAGAGGACCCAGUAUUAUUAAGAGUUAUUUCAAUAAUAUUUAAGCUACUAAAGAAACAAUUAAUGAAGAAGGAUGGAUAUGUACUGGAGAUAUUGGAGAAAUUAUCGAUGGUGCUGUUAAAUUAAUUGAUAGAAAAAAAAAUCUAUUCAAAUUAUCUUAAGGAGAAUAUGUCUCUCCAGAAAAAAUUGAAAAUUGUUACUUAAGAGUUAAAGGUAUUUCUGAAAUUGUUGUCUUUGGCGAUUCUCUAUCUAAUUAUUGUGUUAGUGUCAUUGUUCCAGAAUAAACAUUUCUUAAAUAAUGGGCAACUGAAUAUAAUAUAGAGGGUGAUCAUUAAUAAUUAUGUUAAAAUAAAACUCUUAGAGAUCAUGUUUUAAAGUUAGCAAUUGAAUAAGUAUUUAUUAUUUUUAUCAAAGGGAAAAUAAGAUAAACUGAAUGGAUUUGAAUAAAUUAAAAAUGUUUAUUUAGAAUCUAGACCAUUUAUGUAAGUAGGAAUACUAACAGAAACCAUGAAAAUGUAAAGACAUAAAGCCAGAUAAAAUUAUUAAGACAUUAUCAAAUUCCUCUAUUCAGAAAUUUGAUCUGUUAUACAUUAUUAUUAUCCAG